GCGUCUUUUUUCUAUAAAUAGCGAUCCUCCCCUCCUACCAUUCGCCACAUCAAAAGAAAAUAAAAAUGAAGCUCUCUGUCUUCACUAUCUUACUCGUCUCAGUCACCGCCUCGCUGCAUGGCGCCCUUGGCGCCGAGCAGUGCGGCAUCCAGGCCGGAGGCGCCCUGUGCCCCAACGGCCUUUGCUGCAGCAAGUGGGGCUUCUGCGGAGACACUCUCCCUUUCUGCGGCGACGGCUGUCAGAGCCAGUGUUCCCAGCCCUCCCCGCCACCGCCUUCCCCGCCCUCACCGCCGCCUUCCCCUCCUUCCCCGCCCUCGCCGGGCGGCGACGGAGUCGCAUCGAUCAUCUCUCCCGCUCUGUUCGACGAGCUGCUGUUGCACCGCAAUGACGCCGUCUGCCCGGCCCGCGGGUUCUACCGGUACGAAGACUUCAUCGCGGCCGCCAACGCAUUCGUGGGUUUCGGGACGACGGGGGACCUCGACACCCGCAAGCGGGAGAUCGCGGCGUUCUUGGCGCAGACGUCGCACGAGACCACCGGCGGGUGGCCGACCGCCCCGGACUACUGCGUUCAGAACACGCAGUGGCCGUGCGCACCCGGGAAGAAGUACUUCGGCCGUGGGCCAAUUCAACUCUCUUACAACUACAACUACGGCCCGGCGGGGGAAGCCCUCGGAGUGGACCUGCUCAACAACCCGGACUUGGUGGCGAAGGACCCGACGAUCUCGUUCGAGACCGCACUCUGGUUCUGGAUGACCCCUCAGUCGCCCAAGCCGUCGUGCCACGACGUGAUCACCGAUCGCUGGACCCCCUCCGCCGCCGACGUAUCGGCCGGUCGGCUUCCCGGGUACGGAGUCAUCACCAACAUCAUCAACGGCGGGCUCGAAUGCGGGAUCGGACCCGACAGCCGCGUCGCGGAUCGGAUCGGGUUCUACAAGAGAUAUUGUGACAUUCUCGAAGUCAGCUAUGGGGAUAACUUGGACUGCUACAAUCAGAGGCCCUUUAAUUGGGGUAGAGCCGUGGAAUAAGCUUAGUUAAUGAGGCCGCUUUAUUAUGAUAAAUAAUCUCCUGCUGGAGAAAAGAAUGUAAUGAACAAGACGCGCGUUUGGUUUGAGUUACCUGUAAUCCUGCCAGGACUACUGUAUUUGGUUCAUUCGCUAUGUAAUCUAAUCGUUAAUAUAGCAUUACAAAUCGAGCAGGAUUACAC